CACAAUCGCAUCGAUUCCAAGUCACAACAAGUUUAAAUGCUGUCAAAUAUUGGCGAAAUAAUCUCAAUGAAAGAUGGAUAAUCGUAAAGAAGCCGCCAGUCGGAAGCAACAACCAGAAGAAGCCAAAACACUGGCGAGCAAACGCUUCAAAUCAGCUGAGGCCGUGUCUGCAGACGCGAAAUAUGCAUCCGGCAAAACAGCCCAGCAGCCGAUGAAGAUCUAUUACACAAGACUGCGACGGCGUAUGGAAGAGGAAGAGAAGCAAGCAAAGCUAAUUCUGGAGCCCAUCGUUUGCAUCACAAAGCUGACAGACGUCAAUGUUGAUUGCCUAGAGCACAUUUUCAGUCAUUUUAGCCUCACAGAUCUCUUGAAUGUGGCCAGCUCCAACAAACAGUUGAAACCAGCGGCGGAUUUGGUAUUCGCGAGUCGGUAUGGGAAACAAUCGAUAGAAAUCAAUUUAGAAUUCAAGUUAGUACGUAUUUUUGAAUGGAACCAGCAAAUUCUAUGGUCGUUCUGCUUCAAGUUGCUUCGUUGCUUCGGGCACUCGAUCACAAAACUAAAAAUUAUUUAUGGCUCAUCGCAAAAUGCAACGCUAGACGUAAAAAUUGAUCGUUAUGUCAGCAAAUACUGUGCCAAGUCACUGGUGGAAAUCGAAUUAAAACAUUGCGCAUCACGCACGUUGAACGAUCUGAAAAAGCCAUUCUCAUCAGUUGAAUCACUAUAUUUU